AUGGCGGUGAUGCUCUCAAAGGUCUCUCCUGCUACCAGACAGUGGUCGGCAAGGAUGGAGUAUCAACCACCGACUAUUGGUACUACAACAACAAGUGAACUUCAAAUGAUCUUCAAGCUGAACAUCCCCGCUAUCUAUUCUAAAUCGCAAAAGUGCCCUGAAAUUGCCGUCAUUUUGUACUGGAUCAUCUCCAACUUCAAUCAAACUGCCAUCAUCCCUAUGACCUCUAAGGGGACUAAUGUAGUUGUGAAUUACGACAUCGUGAUGGAGGUACCAGCUAUUGUAACAGUUAUUGAACCACCAUAUUCAGAAAUGCACCUUCAGGUGUUCUUCUUGAGGAAUGGUGUCUAUGGGCUGUACGAAUGUGACACUUAUUUUACAGAAGAGGGCAGUUACACCGCUGGCGUGAUGAUUAGAGUGCUCAAUUACGACAAGAACAACAAGCUGCAGUCAGACUCUAUACAGUCGGCCAUGGCGAUACUGAACAAACUUAACUUGAAUGAUGGUGUUGUUGUUCCUACAGACUGCCCUUAG